UGUUGUAAGGGUAGUGAGUUGUAUACAUAAGUGCAUAACAUCGCAGAACUGAACGUGUGAUAUUCAUGACACACUUAAAAUGGUUCAACUCUUUGCUUGGAAGCUGUGCGAACCGGUUGAUUCAUGUUUCCAUGUCCACGUGCAAUCACAAAGCUGAGUUCCCCAUUGGCCUCAAACCACCAAAACCCAACCAAACCCUUAGGAAUCACCUUGAAUGCAAUAGGCACACCAAAGUGCUUCUCCUCUUCAGAUCCUUGUUAAGAAAAAGACCAACUUUCAACGCCAUUGACAGCUUUUCUCUGCUUUAUGCCCUCAAAGCCUGCAACAAUAAACACUCCUCCACCCAAGGAAAACAACUGCAUACCCUCAUCGUAAAACUUGGGUACCAAGCCAUAGUUCAACUCCAGACAUCCCUUUUAAAAGUCUACGCCCAGAGUGGCAACCUACGUGAUGCACACCAAGUGUUCGUUCAAAUACCCUCUAAGAAUACCAUAUGCUGGACCUCUUUGAUAUCCGCCUAUGUUGACAACCACAAGCCUGGGACAGCUUUGCAACUGUUCAAAGAGAUGCAAAGGAACAAUGUGGAACCUGAUGAAGUCACUGUGACCGUUGCCCUCUCUGCCUGUGCUGAGACCGGGGCACUGGAAAUGGGUGAAUGGAUUCAUGCCUUGGUCAGGUGUAAAACAGGGCUGAACAGAGAUUUGUGUUUGGAUAAUGCUCUUAUAAACAUGUAUGCGAAAUGUGGGGAUGUUGUGACGGCUAGGAAGGUGUUUGAUGGAAUGAAAAAGAAAGAUGUCACAACUUGGACUUCCAUGAUCGUGGGGCAUGCAGUCCAUGGGCAAGCAAGUGACGCUCUUCAACUUUUUUCAGAAAUGAGCUCAGGUAGAGACAAGGGAGAUUGUGUCAUGACCCCAAAUGACGUAACAUUCAUUGGAGUUUUAAUGGCUUGCAGCCAUGCAGGGUUGGUUGAGGAAGGAAAGUGGCAUUUCAGAAGCAUGAGUGAAGUUUAUGGUAUAGAGCCUAAAGAGGCUCACUUUGGCUGUAUGGUGGAUCUCUUAUGCAGAGGUGGGCAUCUGAGAGAUGCCCAUGACUUCAUUAUGGAGAUGACAAUUCCACCAAGUGUGAUUGUCUGGCGAACCUUGUUGGGAGCUUGCUGUGUUCACGGUGAAUUAGAGUUAGCUGUCGAAGUUAGGCACAAACUACUCAAGUUGGAUCCUGGCUCUGUAGGUGACAGCGUUGCUAUGUCUAAUAUUUAUGCAAAUAAAGGCUUGUGGAACAACAAGAUACUUGUGAGGAAUCAGAUAAAACACUCAAGAGCUCCUGGUAGUAGCUCAAUUGAGGUGGAAAGUGGGGUUGGUGAAUUUCUGAUCGUUGAUGGCGAUCAUCCUUUAUGACAGAUAAGCGAUGAUGUUCCAUUGAAGCUUAUGGUUGAUUGCCAAGUUCGUUCUAUCCUAUUAAGCACCAAUGAGAGGUAGCUUACUUAUGUACAAGCUAAUCCCGCAAAGUUGUUUAGUUUCUUUUCUUUUCUGCUCCCAGUUCAACCAUUGUUAUUGUAGGUAAAAACAGGCUAGAGACAAACUACACAUUCGAACAGUAGAAGUGGUAAUAACUUAUAUAUGACAAGUAUAGCCAAUUCAAGAUUCAACAGUGAAGUUUAGUAUAGGGAUAAAAAUGAGAGUCAAGAAUUCACGAAUGAGUUUUGCCAAUGAUAUUGCCCCGCGAUCCAUGAGUG